AUGGCAAAAGCAAUAGACGCAGUGACAAAGAAAGAAAUGGGAUGGUUAAAGGCGUCCAAAUCUUUCGGUGUUCCAGCAACGACUCUUAGAAGGCGGAUUAAAAAUCAAAUGGGAGCUAAUAAAGGAUACCUGGGAGGACGUAAAACAACUUUCACCCCAGAAGUUGAAGAAGAAAUUUUGGAACAUAUAAAGAGACUUGAAGAAAUGUUUUUUGGUAUAACCAGAAGAGACCUGCGGAAACUUGCGUAUGAUGUUGCUGAGAGAAACGGAAUAGCACACAAUUUCUCUAGUAAGGAACAACUAGCAGGAUGGGAUUGGGUGAAAGGAUUUCAGUCGCGUCAUCCUACAAUUUCACUAAGAAUACCAGAAGCUACAUCGGCAGCGAGGCCACGCGGAUUUAAUAAGGUCGUAGUUAGUAAACAUUUUGAAAAUUUGUCACUGAUGAAUCUGGACUAUCCACUGUUCCGUCAAAGAACUCCAAAAUAUUUGCAACAAAAGGGAGAAAGCAACUAUGUACCUCCAGCUCUAAUUUUCCCACGAAAAAGGCUAAAAAAUGAGUUAAUGGACAAUUCUCCUCCAGGUUCUGUGGCAUUUGCUCAAGAAAAGGGUUGGAUGACGGGACCAGUUUUUUUGCAGUGGCUUGAUCAUUUUGUAAAGUAUGUUAAGCCAUCACCAGAAGACAAAAUUCUUUUAAUAUUAGAUGGACAUGGCAGUCACAAAAGCCUUGAAGUAUUAGAAUUUACUAAAAAACACGGAAUUAUUUUAUUCUGCCUACCACCUCACACAACCCACCGCCUUCAACCACUGGAUGUGACAUUUUACAGUUCGCUUACAAAUUACUACAACAUUGAACUGGAAAAAUGGUUAAAGAAUCAUCCUGGCAGGGUGGUUACACAUUUUCAAGUGGCUAGUAUUUUGAAAAAAGCAUAUGCUCAAGCCACAACAAUAUCUACUGCAGAGAAUGGUUUUUAUCAAACAGGAAUAAUUCCUUUAAAUCCCGACAUAAUUCCUGAUUGGAUGUACGUAGCUGCUGAGCCAACAAACAUCGAAACAGAAAAAGUAGUAUUAUCAAAUACAGAAUCUGACAACCUUUCUUCUCAACCGUGCAGCUCAAAUAUGGCAGACGAUUCUGGAAAUUUGAAUCCAGAAAAAAAUACACUAAAUGUUCAAGAAAGGUCAAGCCGAGGGUCAAGCUCAUUAAAUGUUUCUGUAGAGGAAAUCUAUCCUUUACCCAAAGCUCCUGUAGAAACCCAAAAUCGAACCCAAAGAAGAAAAGGAAAAAGUGGAAUAAUAAAUGCUACACCAGAAAUUGUGGAGGCAAAGCGUUUGCAUGCUGAAAAAGAAGCUAAAUCUUUAAGAACGGCUGGUAAAAAGGCGUCAAAAAAUUUAAAGAAUGUUUUUGAACCUAAUGAAAGUGAUAACUCAGAAGAUGACCCUUAUGAAACUGAUGAUGAAUAUGGAGACACUGUCUGCAUAUAUUGCAAUGAACUACUGUGCUGGAGUCUCAUCGAAGACAAAGCGAUUUACUUGUGA